GGCAAAAUAACGUUUUAAUUAGUUACGAUCUACGUUGAACACAAAACCCUUCGUCUCUAUUUAAAAUCUUAAUAGUUAGACGUGUACAGUUAUUAUGAUGAGGAAUAAGUAUUUAUUAUGUCAUUUGGCAUUUUGUUAGGAAUUGUAGAGAUACUUUUAAUGUGUGUAGGGCCGUUUUGCCCUUCCAAAUAUGGCGGCACCGGUGACCCAAAAAUCGGUGGUCAGUGCGGUGUUUACCACGUCACAAAGUUGCAUUUUGUUUGGGUUACGUCUGGUAUAACAUUGCAUAGGUUUUAAUUGGUUAUAUUUAGUAAAAAUAAAAAUGUCUUAAAUUUAUUUUUUUAAUAACGAGAAACAAAGGUUUAUCUUUACUAAACUUUAUUUGUGAAUAUAAAAUUAUGCCUAAAUUAAAAUUAAUUUUAUAAAAUAUUUGUUCCCUUUAUUGAAGGGGACUUUGUAAAAACAAACAAAAAAAAUUCUAAACUAAGAAAAUGGGGUCAAUAUGUUUAAUAUGAAUCUAGACAAAUCAUACCAUGGGUUUCUUAAAUAAAUAAAUUAAAACUGCUGUCUACUAAAGUCAAUGGAACUGACGUCAUGUUUCUCUAUAUGAGAGCAACUUAUGUGUUCAUGUCAGAUUGCACGUUUUGCACACAAUAAUAACAGCCUCCAAAAAAAGCGAGGGAAGCUCAUUGUGGAUAUCAUCAAAUUCCAAAACUUCCUCUUCUAUUGGAUAUUCUGUGAUCACCUCAUUUUAAUUUAUGCACUUGUUAAAUAAUAUAUAGGUCUAUAUGGACUACAAAGGUCAAUGGCAUCAGGUAUGGCAGGUAUUUAAGCGUUACCUUGACACAUCUUUAUGUGUAGAUAGCAAAGCAGGAGUGGUUUUAUCACCUGUACUUACAGUAGCUCUUUAUUGAUGUACAAGGGUUGCCAUUUGCUCCUUGGCUUAUAGUCUGUGUCUAGAUCACUAACAAAUCUCUACAUUUAAUCUCUACUCUUCUCUGUUUAAACAGCCAAGCACAGCAGCAGAAAUGAGUGCAUGUGCAGGACCAAAAACUGUCAGAGUUGUAGGUGGUAGGUUCGGGUUUUGCAGGUUUGGCUGCAGCAUCCACAUUGGUAAAGGCAGGAUUUCAAAAUGUCCUGGUGCUUGAGGCGAAAGAAAGAAUCGGAGGUCGGGUGCACACCGCUAAGCCGUUCACCGAGAAUGUCCUCGAAAUCGGUGCUAACUGGAUUCACGGACAGAAAGGAAACCCUCUUUUCCAAAUCGCAAAAGAAGAGAAUCUGCUGUCAGAGGGACCAUCAGCAAGUGUAAACAUGUGCCUGCCGCAUUCGGUAACCCCCAGAGAUUACUUUUUUAGAGAAGAUGGAAAGCAGAUCACAACAAAGGUUGUAGAUCAGGUGUGUUCGCACUUUAGCAAGCUCACCGACAAAGCUUUCGAUGAUGAACUUGAGCGCAAGUACAGAAAACUCUCUCUGGGCGGUUAUCUGGAUGAAGCCUUUGAGGAAUCACCCUUGGCGGCGACAGAUGAUGGCAAAAAAGUGUUUGAAUGGUGCAAGAGGAUUGAAUGCACAGAUGAAGCUUGUUCUUCUCUCUAUGAGGUGUCUGCAUCUCAGAUUAGUAAUUACACUGAACUAGAGGGAGGUUUCUUCAACACUUUAGGACCAGGUGGCUAUCGAGCAAUCUUAGAUGUUCUCCUUAGAAACCUGCCAGCAGAAACUAUCAAGUGUAAUGCACAGGUAAAGACCAUCCGGUGGGAUUUGAUUAAGAAAGGACAGAAAGAAGAACCAAGAUAUCCCGUUCAGAUCAUCUGUGAAAAUGGACAGAGCUUUGAGGCGGACCAUGUGAUUGUCACUGUGUCGUUGGGGGCUCUCAAAGACAAAGCAACGACAAUGUUUGAGCCAUCCUUACCAAAAAACAAGCUGAAUGCCAUUGAAAAUCUCGGCUUUGGGAUAGUAGACAAAAUUGUCCUGUAUUUUGAAGAAAAGUUUUGGCCGGAGGACUGUGCUGGGGUUCAGUUGGUGUGGAAUGAGGGGCCAGAAGAUAAAGAAGCUUACAAAGCUUUAUCUGAAGGAGAAACCUGGAAGACAACGUGGUACAAGAAGAUCACUGGUUUUGAUACAGUGGCACGUCACCCCACAGCUCUCUUAGGCUGGAUCACAGGUAGAGAAGCACUGUAUAUGGAGACGCUUCCCGACAGUGAAAUCGCCGCUAUCUGUGUAAGGUUGCUGAGGUCUUUCACAGGCUGGUCGGUGCCAGACGUCUCAAAGACGUUAAUUACCAGAUGGGGUACUGAUUCCCAGGUCCAAGGCUCCUAUACAUUUGUUCCUCAAGGUGUUGAUGGAGUGAAAGAACAUAAGGCUUUAGCAUCACCUCUUCCCCCUAAAGAUAAAGCCAGGGGAAGAAAGCACCUCCAGGUGUUGUUUGCUGGUGAAGCUACACAUGUGAACUUCUACACUACGACUCAUGGAGCUUACCUCACAGGUGUCAGAGAAGCACAAAGACUCAUCAGCCAUUACAAAUGAACAGCACCGUCCUAUAGGAGAACAUAGACUUUGGUAUCAUAAAGAUAACAUUGUGUGUGUUUAUUCAGACUGCUGUACUACAGUAUGCUGUGUUAAUUGUUAAACAGCUACGUGUUGGCAUGGAUUACUGAUGAAGAAAAAAAAUAUAUGUAUGUAUAAAAUAUAUACAAUAAUUAAAAGAUGAUUACAAUUGUA